AUACCAUACCGAUAGCCAAGUUUGAAUUCUGCCCACCUAUGGCCUCUACCAAUCAUAACAAACAUCCCAGCUGUGAGGAAGUGCUCCCAAAAGUACAGUCCCACUGCACCCCAGCGACAGCUCAAGCAGCAAUUGCAGAGAUUGCAAGUCAACUUACUGCCAAAAAUUGUAAAAAUUAACUUUAAAAAAUGGUUAAAAAUAAGCAAAAUUCAAAAAAAUUUGGCAUGCAUCUACGUAAUGUUCUGCGCCAGGCUCCGGACUACACAAAGCUGGCCAUCAAGUACAAGGACUUUCGGAAUGUUUGCAGUUUGGAACUCAAUGGAAAGGUUUCAGUAAAUUUUCGCAACGAACGGACUCUGCGGGAGCUGACAAAGAUGCUGCUGACGGAGUACUUCGAUUUAAAUGUGGACUUUGCGCCAGGAAGCUUGGUGCCUACUUUGGCUCUACGAUUGAAUUAUAUUCUGUGGAUCGAGGACUUACUGGAGUCUUUCAAGCUGGAUCAAAUCAAAGGAAUAGACAUAGGUUGCGGCUCGUCCUGCAUUUACUCGCUUCUGGGCGCCAAGAAGAACAACUGGAAGAUGCUCGCUUUGGAAUCGAAACCUGAAAACAUUGAAUACGCCAGGGAAAAUGUGAAAAGAAACCACCUGGAAGAUCUCGUGGAAGUCUUUGCCCAACCGGAUAACACUUGCAUAUUCAAAAGUUACUUCGAGCAGGACACCAAGGAGCAAAUGUAUCACUUCUGUCUGUGUAAUCCCCCGUUUUUCGACUCCAACUCCCCUAAUCCUUUUGGGGCUAAUACAAGAAACCCCGAGCGACGACCUGCACCCAACAAUGCCAGGACAGGAAGCCAGGAGGAGCUGACCUGCGCGGGUGGCGAGGUGCAGUUCGUGCAGCGCAUCGUUGACGAGAGCCUGGAAAACAAGCUGUGCGUACGCAUCUUCACCUCGAUGCUGGGCGUCAAGGCCAACGUGCCUAGGAUACUAGAGUACCUGAAGGAGAAGGGUUUGACAAAUGUCAGCACCACGGAAUUCCAUCAGGGGCACACAACACGUUGGGCGGUGGCCUGGAGCUUUUAUACCGAGACUCCUCUAAGUCAGGGGACAUCGAGUAAUUAAGUUACAUUCUAACUAGUUUAUGGUUUUAUUUAUUAAGUUCACACCCAGCGACUUAUAAUAGUUAUAGUUAAUAAAGUUUUUCAAUUGCAUUUAA